CCGAGCUGCUCCCGGUCUACACGUUCCAGAGGCAGCAGUUCCACGUCACUGUGUCCGGGUAGCGGCGUCCCUGUCAGUAAUCAUGGGCUCCACGUCCGGCUCCUCUUGCCUCCCACAGGCUCGAUCACCUCUCUUUGCCCUCAUGGGAUCGCCCGUGCCAGUCGGGGCUCGAUCUCUGGCUGCCGCCGCUCCUGCAGGAGGUUCCAAACUUACUCACCCGGGGAAAGCCAUCCUGGCAGGUGGCCUUGCUGGCGGGAUAGAAAUCUGCAUUACAUUCCCUACAGAAUAUGUCAAGACACAGCUACAGCUUGACGAGAAGGCAAAUCCCCCGCGGUAUCGAGGCAUAUGGGACUGUGUGAAACAAACAGUGGAUGGCCAUGGAGUCAAAGGGCUAUAUCGAGGUCUUAGUUCCUUGCUGUAUGGAUCCAUCCCUAAAGCUGCUGUUAGGUUUGGAAUGUUUGAGUUUUUAAGCAAUCGGAUGCGGGAUGCUGAUGGAAAGCUGGACAGUAAGCGCAGUUUGCUGUGUGGUCUGGGGGCAGGUGUGGCCGAAGCUGUAGUUGUGGUCUGUCCCAUGGAGACCAUUAAGGUGAAAUUUAUACAUGAUCAGUGCUCCCCCAACCCAAAAUACAGAGGUUUCUUCCAUGGUGUACGAGAGAUUAUAAGAGUCGAAGGUAUAAAGGGGACGUAUCAGGGUUUGACGGCCACUGUGCUCAAGCAGGGAUCCAACCAAGCUAUUCGCUUUUUUGUCAUGACAUCUUUAAGGAAUUGGUACAGAGGGGAUGACCCUAAUAGACCAAUGAACCCAUUAGUGACUGGUGCCUUUGGAGCCAUUGCAGGUGCUGCUAGUGUGUUUGGCAACACUCCAUUAGAUGUGGUAAAGACCAGGAUGCAGGGUCUGGAAGCCCACAAAUACAAAAGCACUUGGGACUGUGCUUAUAAAAUCCUUAAAUAUGAAGGACCCAAAGCGUUCUAUAAGGGUACAGUACCCCGCCUUGGACGUGUCUGUCUAGAUGUUGCCAUAGUCUUCAUCAUUUAUGAUGAGGUAGUCAAAGUCCUAAACAAGGUGUGGAAGACAGACUGAGAUGUAACAUUGCUAAAUCUCUAAACAGGCUUGGACAAGUGGGAGCUGCUCCAGGCUCUCUUGGGUGCCAAAGGUUCCAGUUAACCAUUGCUAUGAACCCCUUAUACUUCCGGUACCUAACUGGUUCAGUCCCUCCCAACUCUGAGGAACUGAUCUACCAUAUCCAUAUUUAUUCAUAUGUUCUCACUGCUUGUCACACAGCCAAGCAAAUGCAAAAUAGUAUGUCAUGAUUCAGUGUGGGAGAUUACUGGUAAUCAAACGUCUGGUGCACUGUCCUUGCACCUUGUGCUUUCAUUUUAAAUUCCCUUUGGUUUUUAUGGAUUUAAAUUUUUUAAUUUUUUUAAUGUUUAUAACUUCAGAGCAUUUUAAUUUCCCCCAUGUAAAUAAUCUUUAAAAUCUUUACUAAGCAUCUUUCCAAUAUAUGUUCCUAAUACUUGAAAUAUAAAGAAAUUGGGUUACUUGGUGACAAACUGCAA